CACCUAGGCGGAAGUGUCGCGGAAGGCCGGCACAGAGGGGACCUUUGCUAGGAGGCGGCUGCAGCAGCGGAAAGGGCUGGAGUAGGCGAAGAGGAGAAGCUGGAGCUUUAUUAAGGUUUAAUUGACAUAUAAAAAAACCCUACACAUUUAAUAUGUACAACUUGAUGACUUUGGAUAUAUGCAUGCACUUGUGAUAACAUCACCAAAAUCAAGAAUUGAGAAGAGCAUAGGUUCUUUUCUGCAAAUAAGAAUUGACAUUACCGUUGAAGAUGUUAUGCAUCAAACUAUUGUGGGCUUUAAAAAUUAUAUCCUUACUACAUAUAAAAACGAAGGCAUGUUUACUUCUUUGAUGAAAUAAAUACAAGUUUGCUUUCUGGUUUGUUGCUGCAGAAAUGAGAAUGGACUUAGCUCAACAAGCAAAAGAAAAACUGAACAAAGGAGAAGAAACCAAAGAUAACUUUGGAAGUGCUGAAUGUGGCAAAAUAAGAACCAUGGACCUCAAGUUCAACAACUCCAGGAAACAUAUUUCUAUAACUGUCCCAUCCAAAACCCAAACAAUGUCACCACACAUCAAGUCAAUAGAUGACAUUAUAGUACUUGGCAUAAAUCUCAGCAGAUUUAACAAACUUACUCAGUUUUUCAUAUGUGUUGCUGGAGUUUUUAUAUUUUACCUCAUUUAUGGAUAUUUACAGGAAUUAAUAUUUUCAAUGGAGGGUUUUAAGUCCUAUGGCUGGUACCUUACUUUAGUACAGUUUGCAUUUUACUCCAUAUUUGGCCUAAUAGAACUUCAGCUUAUUCAGGACAAAAGGAGAAGAAUACCAGGAAAAACCUACAUGGUAAUAGCUUUUCUAACUGUGGGUACUAUGGGGUUAUCAAACACUUCCUUGGGCUACCUGAAUUACCCUACCCAAGUCAUCUUCAAGUGCUGCAAGUUGAUUCCUGUUAUGAUAGGAGGAGUUUUUAUUCAAGGCAAGCGUUACAAUGUUGCAGAUGUGUCUGCCGCCGUGUGUAUGAGCCUUGGUCUGAUAUGGUUUACCCUCGCUGACAGCACAAUUGCGCCCAAUUUCAACCUGACAGGUGUGAUCCUUAUUUCCCUGGCACUGUGUGCAGAUGCUGUCAUUGGAAAUGUGCAGGAGAAGGCUAUGAAACUGCACAACGCUUCUAAUUCGGAAAUGGUAUUAUAUUCGUAUUCAAUUGGUUUUGUAUACAUUUUAUUGGGAUUGACAUGCACUAGUGGAUUAGGUCCUGCAGUAACAUUUUGUUCAAAGAAUCUAAUUCGGACCUACGGUUAUGCUUUUCUUUUUUCCCUCACUGGGUAUUUUGGAAUCUCCUUCGUUCUGGCUUUGAUUAAAAUUUUUGGUGCACUUCUUGCUGUAACAGUGACAACAGGAAGAAAGGCAAUGACCAUUGUACUUUCAUUUAUAUUCUUUGCUAAACCAUUCACAUUUCAGUACAUAUGGUCUGGUUUGUUAGUUGUCCUUGGUAUAUUUCUCAAUGUUUACAGCAAAAAUAUGGAUAAAAUAAGACUGCCAUCAUUAUAUGACCUGAUAAACAAAACAGUGGAAGUAAAAAAGUCAAGGACAUUGGCACAAACUGUAUAGGCAGUGACUCCUGCUGUUUAACAUAGAAUUCUAAGGGACCAAUCACCAAUUAACUUUCUAAAGGGAUUAUUAUAAACACCAAAGGAUCUGACAGCAUGCUCUCCAUUCAUGACUGGAUUACACUGAAGUCAUCCCUUUCUUCAGAGCGUGGUUUGACUGUUUGACAUCUGAAGCAGUCAGGAGAGCAGCAUCUGUCACACCUUAGAGCAGUAUCAAUAUAAAGGACUGUAAUUACUAGCAGUUUAUUGAGAAUUUAACCCGAAGUGGACUAUGCUGUAAAACUAAUUAGAUAUUGUCAUGUCAUGUCACAGAGAUUGAUACGUAAUAGCAGAUUUGUUGGUCUUUGUUUCAUUUUGGUGGUGUUAUUUAAAAUGAUUCUCUGUUAUAAGAGUGAACUGUUGAUUUAAAGUCUAGAGAGAAUAACUUCAUUAUAAAUAAAAUUAUUCUGUGAUUUUUUUUUUAAAGAAUGCAUUGAUAGCAUUUUGUUCUAAAAAGAGGGAAGUGAAGAUUGAGUAAAGCUUUACAUACACUUUAAAACUUAGGCCUUUUUCUGAUAAUUUCAGAGUAUUCUUUACAGAAAACAUGCUUUAAGUUUCCUGUGAAGUGUAGACAAUAUAGUCAAAGGAGUCCUCAUGCUUCAUCCUGCAGGUAUAUAUCAAAAGGAAAAUUUGCUACUAUUUAUCAAAGAGGUGCUAAAAGACUCAAUCUAAAAAAAUCUAAAAAAUUUAGAUUUUUUAAUUGAAAGGAAAUAAUUGAUUCUUAAAUUAUAAAAUAAAAUUGUCAUUGUUUUCCUUAUA